AUGAAAUUCAGUUUAACAAAAUCAUAUGAUGAAGUACUUAUUUGUUAGAUAAUUAGAAUGAAAAGGUUCCAUUUAGGAGAUCCAUAGAAAAACUUUAAAUUAAACCAGAAAGUCAUGUCCAAUUUUGCAAUUUUGAUUGGAUUGCCAUAUAAAAAGACUCUGAUUUAACACUCUACAAAGAAGGACUGCAAGAUGUAAUUCUUAAUCACUAACUUAGGCUAAUGAAAUUGACCUCACUUAAUUGUUUGGUAAAAAUCAAAGCGGCAAAGUUUAAAUUUACUUUUUCAAAUUUGCGAAUGAAUAAUUUGAUCAAAAGCAAAUGAUCUUAAUUGGAAACAGUAUUUAUUACUCAUUAAUUCAAGAUUUCAUAAUUGGCUAUGACGUUAUAGAAUAAUAAAAAACUUGUAAAUUUUAGAUGAAUGAUGAUUAUAGACUUAGAAAAAAAUUACAAUUUCAAGAGGUUCAAAUACUUGAACAUGACCUAAAUUUGUAUAUACUGACUGAUCAUUUCGACUUAAUAACAUUGAACCUAUCCAACAAAAAUAAUAGAUUCAAUCAUUAACCUUUACUAAAAAGAGGAAACUUUAUAUCUAAUCUAUUGUUCUAAAAUAACUUCGACUUCUAUAUCAAAGGGGCCAACUUUAAGUUUACAGUUUUUGAAGACACACUCCUUAUCUUAUAAUAAACAUAGCCGAAUCAAAUAAAAUCUUAUUAGUGUAGUCUGAACCCAUAUAAUUUGAUUGUAUAAAUUGAUUUCAAUUCUAAUAGUCUCAAUCCCAAAGAAUUUUUGUUUGUGAUGCAGUCAACUCAAAUAGCUAAGUGAAUAUUAGCAAUUUUCAUCUAUCAAGGACUUCUAGAGGAAUUAAUUUGAUAUUUCUUGCUAUAGUAGAAAACAAAGAUUAAAUUGAUUCAUUCAGCCUACUUAAAUUGAUUACAAAAGAGGUGGAAAUUGUUGAUUAAAGGUCUGAAUUUUCAAAUCUAGAUAAAUUAAUAUAUGAUGAUUUGAAUGAAUUGCAACUGCAUGGUAAUAAAAUUCAGUCUUACUUCUUUUAAAGUGCUUCCGAUGUAGUAGUCCUCUACUCGGUCUUGGAUACUAAUUAUUAUCAUAAAAAUUUAUCUUAAUCCCUUAAAGAACAUUAACUAUUCACUGGAAAUCUAUAAGGUAUAGGAAUCUCUAUAAAUAAUGGAUUAUCUUAUUUGAAAGUGUGUUCCAAUGGGAAAAUAUAUAUCCUUUAAGAAAAUUUUCAUGAGAGCACUGAGCAAUUGUAAAAUUAUAAAAUCUAUCAUUUUUAUUAGAGUUACUCAUUUUUAAGGAAGAUGUAUGCAUGAAAUCAUCUUUAAUUUAUUAAAGGAAGGCUUUAAAGAUUUCGCUGCUCAUUUAAAUACUAAUUCGGCUUUCUUAAAACUAGAAUUUUAGGCAUUUCCAGAAUAAAUAAUUUGUUAAGUAAUAAAUCAAAUUGUUUGGGAUUUCAUGGAAACUCCAAUUUCAAAAUAUUCAGAUGUCCGGACAUAAUUGAAAGAAAACUAAUACAAAUUAGAGUGCUGGAAAUAAUACACAAAAACUAUAGUUAAAAAUUAAUAAAUUAUCUUAAAUUUAAUCAGGUCAAAGAUUUGCUUAAAAAUUGGUGAGUACAUUAGUUGGAAUGAAGAUAGCUUAAAGUAAUUAAUAAGGGAAUGCUUAAAUAAAUGGUUAGUGUUUUCUUAGUAUGAAUAAUAAUUUUAUUCCAAAUUAGAAGAUCUUUAAACAAUAAUUGAAUAAUUAUUGAGGCUCUAAGGUUAAGAACACCAUUUGUUUAAUAUUUUGGAAAUUAUUUACACAAGUAUUAAUGAAGAGAUGGAUAUCAAUAAGAUAUAAUUCCCUAAAUUUUGGACUAAUGAACCAGAAUGGUUAAAUUUAAUCAUUUAGGCCUUAUCUAAAUUGAGUUAAAUAAAAAAUAUUGAAUUCUUUUCAUUAUUUAAAUUUCUCAUUACUGACAUAUCAAUAGUUUUUAAGUUUGAAAGAAAUAUAUCCCCAUUAUAAUUUUAGGUAAUUCAAAAAUUCUCUAAUUAAAUUUCAGAAGAAUAAUUUUAGGAUAUUUUAAUACAAAAUUAAUUAUAUGAUAUUUUGUUUUAAUGCUAUUUGUAAACUAGCUUGAGAUUAGACAAGGUAUUUGAUUUAAUUUCUAAAGAUGAAAAACUAUGUUAAAAUUUUAUUGAUUUAUGUUUUGAGCAUGAGAAAAAUUUAAAUUAUUAGGAUUAAAACGAUUAAAAUAAUAUGUUACAUUAAAAUAAACCAAAAUAAUUUCAUUAGAUUUUAGAUUAAAUUGAAGAAAUGAGUAAAUAUAUUAUUUAAUUAUUAGAAUGUGUUGAUUAAGUAUUGAUGUGUGUAAAAAAAUAUCCAAAACUUUAUAAUAUUCUUUUAAUUCGAUCAAUGAGGCUGGAAGAGAUUAAAGAUUUUGCAAUAUAAUAAUAAGGAAAUGAUUCAAAUGCUAAAUACUACAGAUUCCUAGUUGAUAGAGGACAAUAUAUAGUUGAAAAAUAAAGAUAAUAAAUAGAUAUUGAAUAAUGA